AUGCCCCGCAUUGUAUUUCUUCACCCUGAUCUGGGGAUCGGGGGCGCCGAAAGGCUAGUAGUAGACGCGGCUCUUGCUCUAAAGAAAAAAGGGCAUUUUGUACAUUUCGUUACUUCACACCACGACCCAAGCCAUUGUUUCACCGAAACAAAAGAUGGCACCCUCGAUGUUACAGUUGUGGGAGACUGGCUACCACGGCACCUGUUCGGAAAGUUCUUUGCGCUGUGCGCUUACUUGCGCAUGCUGUACGUGUCAAUAUAUUUAUUCUUCAGUGAUCUGCGACCUGACAUCGUUUUUUGUGAUCUCAUUUCUGUUUGCGUGCCAAUUUUAAAACUGUGGGUGCCCCACAUUAUGUUUUAUUGCCAUUUUCCAGACCAGCUGCUGAGUCAGCCAGGAAGUGUAUUGAAGUCUGCAUAUAGAGCGCCACUCAACUGGUUAGAGGAAGUUACAACUGGCCAAGCAAGCAAAAUUUUCGUAAACAGCAAAUUUACAGCACAAGUGUUUAAGCAGACUUUCAAGCGCAUCAAAGUCACACCAGAAAUUCUAUAUCCUUCCAUUAACACUGACUUUUUUGAAAGGUGUACACCUUCACCAUUAGCAACAGUUCUUCAUGAUGAAAGCUUGGGGAAUGCCUUUAUAUUUUUAUCUAUUAAUCGUUAUGAGAGAAAGAAAAACUUGGGUCUGGCCAUUGAUGCAAUUCAUGCCUUGAAAAGUGAGGCUACAGGGCAACAAGAUUCGGAGAGCUUUGUGCAUUUGAUUAUGGCUGGAGGGUAUGAUCCCCUAGUUACUGAAAACGUGGAAUAUUACGAAGAGUUGCUGAGCCAUGCAGAGAAACUUAAUGUUCAGGAUAGCAUCACUUUCUUAAGGUCACCUUCUGAUGCAGAAAAAGUUUCCCUUCUCAGUGGUUGCGACUGUCUGCUGUACACACCAUCUAAUGAACACUUUGGAAUUGUACCACUGGAAGCCAUGUAUUAUGGAAAGCCAGUCAUUGCAGUGAACAGUGGCGGACCCACAGAGACCAUCGUAGAUGGUGAGACAGGAUUUCUGUGCAAUCCCUCGAAAGACAGUUUUUCUGCAGCCAUGUUGAAAUGUACUCGUGAUGAGAAAUUGUGUACCAGGUUGGGAUCUGCAGGCAAACAGAAGAUGUUGUCUCUCUUCUCUUUUACUGCUUUCACAGACAAGUUGGAUUCUGUCGUAGGAAGCUUAAUGGAGAAGAAAUCUAAAGGUGAAUAACUAUGUGAAAAACCUAAAUUACCAAAAUAAUCCUUUACCGGUAAAUGACUGAAAAUGUUAUCUUUUGAUAUAGUGUUUUAACAAACCCAUGUGAAAUUGUUGGAGAUAAGUCACUUUAAUUUGUGGAUGUACAUUUGUAAACCGUGUUGCAGUGUUAAUAUUGUUGUGUUUGUCAUAGUUAUUCAUUUAUGUAAAACAAUAAAAUUUAUACCAUUAAGUGAUAA